AUGGCGACCAAAACAUCUUCUUCAAGUUCUUCACCAUCUUCUUGGAGGAAGUACGAUGUUAUUGUCAGUUUCAGAGGCGAGGACACUCGUUUGACUUUCACAGACCAUUUAUACAAGUCUUUGAGCCAUCAAGGAAUUUAUACAUAUAGGGACGACAAGAAACUUGAUGGGGAAAGGAUAAUUGUUGAAUGUAAGAAAGAACUGGGUCUGAUUGUUCUUCCAGUUUUCUAUCAUGUAGAAGUAGAGGAUGUAAAAGAACAAACAGGGGAGUUUGGAAAGGCUUUUGCUAAGCAUUACAAGACAGAUUUUCAAUCGGAAGAUGAAAUCAGGACAGUGGACAAGUGGAGGGAGGCUUUGACCGAAGUAGCCACAAGCAUAGAAGGAUGGCAUAUCAAAGAAAGGAGUGAGACUGAAGUUAAUGAGGAAAUUGUUAAAGUGGUUCUAAAAGAAUUGAAUCUAACAUUUUCAACUAGUAACAAUGAUCUUGUCGGAAUGACUUCUCGCCUAGAGAAAAUGUAUUCCCUACUGAAUAUUAGCCACUUGGAGGUUGAUCUCACUGUAGGGAUAUGGGGUAUGGGAGGUAUUGGCAAAACCACCAUUGCUGAACAUGUUAAAAUAGAGAUUUCUAACAAAUAUAAUGCUUGUGCUUUCAUCCCCAGUGUGAGAGAGGAAUUUGAGAAAAAUGGUAUAAUCCAUUUACAAAAACUUCUCUGCAAAUACCUAUUGGACCAUGAAGGAAAUAUACAACAUGUUGAAAUGGAAAGAAAUGUGUUGAGGAACAGAUUAGGUUCUAGAAGGGUGCUUAUCAUUUUGGAUGAUGUUGAUGAAUUGGAACAAAUAGAAGAUUUAGUUGGAAAUGCUGAACAACAACAUGGUUGGUUAGGUCCGGGGAGUAGAGUCAUUGUGACUACUAGAAAUAGCAAAGCCUUCAAGGUAAAUCACCCUUUAGAUGAUUUUGUAAACCUGUCUUAUAACUUUGUGAAAUAUGCCAAUGGUCAUCCUUUAGCUCUUAAAGUUUUGGGUUCUUUCUUAUUUGGGGCUGACAUGGAUAAAUGGAAAGCCACAUUAAAUAAGUUUAAUGAGCUACAGAUAGGGAAUUCAAUAGAAAGAAACAAUGGGGAAACCACAUCAAAGAAAAAUCCUGAACAAAAAAUACUUCCUAUUCUUCAGAUAAGUUUUGAUGGAUUGGAUGAUGAUCAGAAGGAAAUAUUUUUAGACAUAGCAUGUUUCUUCAAAGGAGAGGAAGAAUAUCUUGUAAAAAAGAUAUUAAAAGGUUGUGGAUUUCAUCCAAGGAUCGAUGUAGAGUUGCUCAUUGGGAAAUCUCUAAUAACUAUGGUAGGAGAUAAAUUAUGGAUGCAUGAUUUAUUACAACAAUUUGGUCAAUAUAUUGUUCAUCAAGAGUUCCCUAAGGAGCCCGGAAAACGCAGCAGGAUAUGGUUUCAUGAAGAUGCACGCAAUGUGCUUGAGAAUAAUCGGGGAACAGAAGCUGUCAAAGGCAUAUUCCUUGGUUUGCCUAAGAAUGAAGAGCUACAUUUGAGUGUUGAACCAAUUUUAAAGAUGAAAAAGCUAAGAUUGUUGAAGUUUCAAAAUGUGAAGUUUCCUGAAUGUGUAGGGUAUCUUCCUAAUGAGUUACGGCUUUUGGAAUGGCAUGCAUAUCCUCAGAAAUCUAUGCCAUCAAUGUCCCAGCUUUAUUUGGAUGGGACAGCUAUUAAAGAGCUGCCAAUGUCAAUUGAGCACUUGAGUAGCCGUAGUUUGUUGAAUCUAAGAGAUUGCAAGAACCUUUUGAAGCUUCCAGAUGAACUUUGCAGCUUGACAUCUCUAACAACUCUGAAUGUAUCAGGAUGUUCACAUGUUGCGCAACUUCCAGAAAAUAUAGGGCGCUUGGAACAAUUGAAGAAAUUUAGUGCAAGUAGAACUGCAAUAAGCAGAGCCCCACCCUCCAUUAUACUUCUGAAAAGCCUUAAAAAGCCUAUGUUUAGAAGAAUGUUGAAAAAUUCAAACGAUCAAAUAACAGUGUGGACUUCUGAUAGGGGAUUCACUUACAUAUAUUAUCAGGACUCGGAGAAUGAUGGUGAUUUUACUACGGUCGAAGACAUGAUGGACAAUAUUUACAAUGGAGAAAAGACACUGAGAUUCAAGUUUAUGUGUACAAGAAUUCCGGAGUGGUGCAGUCAGCAAAAUAUUGGGACUUCUACAAGAAUUCAACUGCCUCUAGAGAAUAAUGAUGAAACAUGGAUGGGAUUCGCUGUAUUUGCUGUUGUUCGAAUUCAGGAAGAUGACUUCUUCCACAAAGAUGGGAAGUUGGAAAAGGCUUAUUUUCAUUUUGAAACCGAUAAAGGGUAUCUCGGGAAUGAGGAUUUUGUCUUGGAUCAUCACCAAAUUCCAAGAACUGGGUCAUAUGGAGUUUGCAUCUAUGUUCCACAGAUAGAAUUCGCAGAACAGUUGAACAAAGCAAUUUUUUACCUUCCUAUGAACUUAUUUGAUGAGAAACCAUGGGUAGGAUUUUGUUUAUAUGUUCUACUUACUUGGUCUGACAAUUUUUCGGAUUCAAAAUCUCCACUACACCUUGAUUUGGAAUGGCGAGUCCAUGGAGAUGAUGAUAAUGAAACGCAUGCAAUAGUGGCCACAAUCCCCAUUAAACAUAAACUUAUAUUGUUGAAUAUGCCACGAGUUUAUGUCAAAGCAAUGUUGAAUCAACUUCGGGUUGUAAGCGCUGCGUUUAGGAUGUUUAUCCCGGAUGUGGAGGUUGAAAUGUGUGGGAUCCGACUAGUAAAUGAGCAAGAUGUUGGAAACGUGAUUGAAAUGAUAACUGACAUCACAUUAAGUAGUCAUCAUUUUAUGUAUGAUGAAAUUGGUUCACUUGAGGAAUAUUCAUCUAGGCAAUCGAAUUUGGUGAGCCAGAAGUAG